UUUGUAGGAAAAGACCCUUCAGUCUCCUAAUAACCACGCUUCUCAGUUGCCAUUAAAAUCAUCAGACCAGGGGGAGGAAACCCCUUCUGUCUCGUGUCUCUCCAUUAUCGUUGGAAUACCCUCUCUUACGACGCCAUAUUCCAUUUGAAGUUCCCAUUUCCAGUUCGCCACGCGCCACCCAGCAGAUACUCUCUCUAGCCCGUGCUCUCUGGCUUCGCUUCGAUCUGAUUUUCAUGUGAACUUCUUGGUGGUGUCUGGCUGUGGCCGUUGUUGCUCGUGGCCGUUUUUGUAGUAUCUGGCAAUGGGUGACAUGCGAGGAUUUGUGGGUAGCGGAGGAUCCUCGGAGCAUGAAAGGGAUGAACAGAUACUGAUGCCUAAAGCAGAAACCUUGGAUUUUGACUUGCCAUGUGAUACCACAUACUCUCAGCAGUUUGGUGACAAUGCGGCUAGUUCUUCUGGAAGUAAUGUGAGGUCACUGCUGAUUGAGAUGGGAUUUCAGCCAUCUCUUAUUCAGAAAGCAAUCGAAGAAAAAGGUGAAGAUGAUAUUGACUUAUUACUAGAGACUCUCAUGAAGGAAUCUGUAGUAAAGCAUCCUGGAAAGAGUAUGGAUGGGCUUAUUAGACCCAAACAGGAACCUGGGGUUGCUCAUGAGGAUGAAGACAGAAGAAUGGCGUUACUAACAAUGAGCUUUCCAGAAAAUUUGGUCGACUUAGCUAUAGAUAAGCUUGGUAAAGAUGCACCAAUUGAUGAGAUGGUUGAUUUCAUUAUUGCUGCCCAGUUAGCUGAAAAAUUAGAGGAAGAAUCAGACCAAAGUUGUGAAGAAGAACCUGAUGUAGUACCUGUUGCUGGUGGUGCUGCUGCUGCUAAGAGACCUGAGGUUUCUGAUGAAUUCUUAUUCGAGACAAUGGGCAAAACUUUGCAUUUGCUGGAAAUGGGAUUCACUGAUCAUGAAAUUUCAUUAGCUGUUGACAAGCUAGGCUCGAAAGGUCAGAUUUCUGAGCUUGCUGAGAUGAUUGUUACUGGUGAAGUUCCUGGUGACCCUGAAGAGAUAGAAGAGAAAGUUUCUGGGCCUCUUGCGGGGAAUGAUGCACGUCCUUCAAAGAAUUGGAGAUUUCUUGGUGCGGAGAGGAAAGAUGAUCGGGGGAGUUCCUCAACUGGCAAAGUGAAUAUAAAGCCAGACAGUGGUUGUGGUUCUCUUCCUUCCCAGAACAUUGGCUCUGUGGAGGAAACCUCAAGAGGUAAAAGACUGAAAGAUGAGGAUGGAGAUGCCUAUCCAGAGGCAUAUACCGAUUUUGAUGAUAGAGGGAAACGACUAAGACCAGAUUAUAUGGGAAGCUCGAGUUCAUUUUUUGAAACCCCGUGGAUGGAAGAGAAUAUCGAGUCAAAAGAAGACGCAUAUGACAUUCCAAAAGCAUUGCAGCCACGCUUAUCUCAGACUCUUGACCCAGGGGUGGCAAGGAGCCCAUAUUUCUUCUACGGGAAUUUCGCAAAUACUUCUCCUCACUGGUGGUCUAAGAUCUCAAAAUGUGUUACGCGGAAAGAGGGGUAUGUCCACAAUCUUCCCACAGAGAAUCGAUUCCAUAUCCUCCCAAAGCCGGUUACAUCGAUGCAAGAUGCACUGCCGCAAUUGAAGAGUUGGUGGCCAUCCUGGGAUAUCCGGAAGCAUUUUAAUGGAAUCUGUUCCAGUACAGGCAGAGAAUCUCAGCUUUGUGACCGACUUGGACACCUUCUCGCUGAAUCAAGGGGAAUUCCUUCUGAACAGCAACGGAAACUGAUCCUUCAUCAAGGUUAUGCCUCAAACCUGAUAUGGAUCGCCCCAAGAAUCCUCUCACCUAUGGAGCCUGAACAUCUAGAGCGCAUCCUGGGAUAUCCCUCUAGCCACACGGAUAUCAGUGGAACUCGGUCUGCAGAAAGAUUGAAAUUGUUUGAAUACUGCUUCCAAACAGACACAGUGGGUUACCAUCUAUCUGUGCUCAAGGGCAUGUUUCCUACCGGGAUAACGGUGUUAUCAAUCUUUAGUGGGAUCGGUGGUGCAGAAGUUGCAUUGGACCGGCUUGGCAUCAAACUUAAAGGGGUUGUCUCAGUGGAGCCAUGUGGAUUGAGCCGUAGCAUCCUGAAGAAAUGGUGGCAGAGAUCAGGACAACCUGGGGAGCUUGUACAGAUUGAAGAAAUACAGAGCCUAAAGACCAAGAAGCUGGAGACUCUGGUGGAGAGGUUUGGCGGGUUUGACCUCAUCAUCUGUCAAAACCCUCCGACUCCACCUGAUUUAUCUAAAGAACACUCUGAAAGAAUACCUCUCGAAUUUGAAGACUUCUCUCUGUUCACUCAGUUUGUUCGUGUUUUGGAGCGUGUAAGGGAUAUGACAGCUACAAGCUGACUCUUUUCUCCCCGAAAAACCCAAUGUAUCACUGUCUCGUCAGAAGAUGGGAUAUGGGCGGGGGCUGUUCAGAGCAAACCCAGUGCUGGAAUGGAGAUGGGAUUGGUAUGUUACCAUUUUGAUGUUGUAUCAUGAUAUGUAUUAUGUGUAUAUAAUGAAGUCGUUGUUGGCCUUUUCACUUUGGAGUUGAAUUCUCAGACAGUACUACUAGACUAGACUAGGUCUCCUGUUUACGUUUCUGUUC